CGGAAAUCAGUAGCACGCUGUGGGCUAGCUUCUUUCCGACUGGUAUCAGUAUGAUUAUUUUACCAUUAUUGUGCAAGUUAUGCAACUGAGUGUGGAUUCAGCAUGAGAUAUGGAUGGGACAGCUGGGACCAGAGUGGUGCUGCUGGCUUGUGGCUCCUUCAACCCAAUCACCAACAUGCACCUGAGGAUGUUUGAACUAGCCCGAGACCAUUUGGAAGACUCUGGUUACCAAGUGGUGAAAGGCAUUAUCUCUCCAGUUGGUGAUGGCUACAAAAAGAAAGGUUUAAUUGAGGCCAGACAUCGUCUGGAGAUGGCCCGACUGGCUUCAGAAAACUCCUGGAUUACAGCGGACUCCUGGGAGUGUUUACAGGCAGAAUGGUUAGAGACAACUAAAGUUGUUAGGCAUCACUACAAUGAAUUACUUGCUCAAGAGCAGAACAAUGACGAUGUGGACACUGUCAAAUAUGGAAAAAAGAGACGCAUCGAGGACAACCAUUAUGUGGCUUCAUCAGCUCCUCAAAACAGAGAUGGCACUCGUCUGAUGCUUUGUGGUGCUGACGUCCUCGAAUCUUUUGGUGUUCCCAAUUUGUGGAAGCAGGAGGACAUUGAGGAAAUUGUUGGCCGCUUUGGUUUAGUUUGCAUUACGCGUAGUGGUAAUGAACCUCUUAAAUUCAUCCAUCAGUCGGACACACUGUGGAAGCACCGUAAAAACAUUCAUAUUGUUCAGGAGUGGGUUACAAAUGAGAUCUCGGCCACUCAUGUCCGCCGAGCCAUUCGCCGCGGUUGCAGUGUCAGAUACCUGCUGCCCGACAGCGUGCUCAACUACAUACGUGAACACAAGCUCUACACUGAAGAGAGCGAGCAGAAAAACAUCGGGGUGGUCCUUGCACCUCUCCAGAGAUACACUGGUGCCUCUUCAAGCUAAACACUACCUUAAAAGAACGGCAACAAACAGUUUAGGUGCUAUACAACAUUUGUCUAGUCUUCCAAUUAUAAUGCAUUCAUACAAGACUUGUAAGAGGCGAACACAAACAACGCUGUUAUAUUUAUUGUGAUUUAUGCCAUAAAAGUAGGUAAAUUAUUGAAUAUUUGCCUCAGUUUUAUUUUGUUUCAAUUUUCUUCCUAGUAGACACAUCAAUCUUACAGAAGCCCUUUUGUAAUAUGUAUGUAUAUGACUAGAGCUUAUUUGUUUCAUUUAUAAGAUGCUAAAUAAAUGUAACUGAAAUGAUAGAGAUUAUGUAUUAUACAAUGGGAUAACAAUUUACAGUACUGCAAAGACAGCCUUUCCGGAUCUAGCCAAAAAAAAAUUUCAUCAGUAACUUCAAUAAACUUCCCUUUUGUUUUACACUAA